CGUUGCUAGAGCUGUGUAGUGGGUUUGACUGAUCAGGAACGAAAAGCGCAGGUGGUGGGACAGAAGACGAGGCAGAGUUCUGAGGGAAGAAAGAUUUUCUUGCCGACAUAUUGCACGAUAAGGGAAAUUUCUUGGAGAAUGAGGAAGUGGUGACAGUGAGAGAACUGAUGACGAGAGAGGAUCGUGGCAGCCUAUUCGGAUUCUCCGGACCGACCUGAUCCAAUUGCUCAAGAUCCCCCGAUCGGAUCACAGGCAGACCGGUCGUUACCCCACAACUUUCGCAUCCCGAAUCCCAAGAAAUGAAGUGGCCCUUCAGCCAGAAUAUCAAGCCCGCCAGCGAUCUCACUCCCAUACUCCCACCCGAGUUGGAACGAUAUAUAUUUGAGCUUUACGCCCUCGAAUCCGCAAGUCCGGAACGAAUUCUCCACGUGCUCCCGGUCUGUCGUCGUGUGAGGACCUGGUUGGAACCCUGCCUCUUUCGCACGAUCAUAUUCAACGAUGGAUUCGACAACAAACUUCCCUCGUGCGAGCUCGACACGAUCCAACGCGCAUCCGAGGCCUAUCCCGGCGCUCUGGAGAUAGUCGUGACGAACGUGCUGCUCAUCGGGGAGAGACAAGAUACGGUCGAGCUUGUGAUGCGGACGUGCGCUGGAGUGAAGAACCUCUUUUUCUCUGGAUCGAAGCCAGAGGUGUUCGACCUCUCGCCCUCCCUGCGGCGGUUGCACUGCGGUCUCGAGGUAUUCGAUUUCUCCACCGGAAUCACCUUCCCCUUGCUCACCCACCUUGAACUGUUCAACAUCGGGCGGAACUUCGGCACAUCGGACUCUCAUCCGCUCCUCGUCGAGAGUGAAACGCUCCUGCCCAACCUCACGCAUCUCGCCUUCAGCGUGACGACCGUCAUCCGCAUGCUCCCGGAUAUUGUGUCCUGCUUCACCUCACUGGAAGCGCUCGUCAUCGUCAGCACCUAUCGCGUCGUGUCAUCGACUCCGUUGCUCCCUGAAGAAAGACGGGUCUUCGAGGACGACUGCCGCAUCGUGCUGGUCUCAGUCUCGGACUAUAUCGUGGAUUGGCAAGAGGGCGUGCUGAGCGGAGAAGAUUACUGGACGAGAGCGGACCGCAGAAUCGUCAAUCGCCAGUCUGGGGAAGUGGAUGCAUCGAAGUUUGCUGUGAAUUUCAACGAUUCCGAUUGAUGUGCUCAGAAAACCAAUGCCAACCACAUCUGUUUUUCACAGAGAGAAUAAUUAUGAGGUUUCAUGGCGGCCGCGGUACCGAGAAAGGUAUUUCGAAGGAGGCGUCCAGUUAAUAUUGGUCCGCUUCUCGCACGAGACAGCAAUCAAUUAUUCAACGAUCAGCGCAGCGAAACAUGGUAAAUUCGUGGUCGAACGUUCGAUGAUAUCCCCGGAUGGACAUGAGUCCAUCGAUGGCGGCGAUUGCGAGGCUUUUGCAACGUUAAUCGAAUUCAAUAGGGGCUUCUUC